AUGUCGACCCAAGUCCCCAAAGCCGUUUUGUACUAUUCGACUGAAGAUCCCUGGUCUGCAGUAGCUUUACUGGCACUCGAAGAAAAGGGAUACGGACGCGAUGAGCUUGAUCUCAGAGUCGUUGAUAUAGGCAAGGGAGAACAUUUCAAGCCUACUUUUCUACGCCUAAAUCCCAAAGCGACCGUCCCUACCCUAAUUGUACCGCUUCAAAAGACUUUAUCGGAAGAUGUAGAGAGUCGAUAUAAAGCCAUCACUGAUUCAGUGGCUAUUGCUGACUUCCUGGACAAAUCCCGCUCUGCACUCUCCCGCACCCAUACUACAUCCGCGUUGCCAGCCCCGGUUUUGACUCCAGCUACCAUCGCGUUCGCGUCGACAUCGCGAAUAAUCAUAAAUGAUAUCUUGCAUGGCGACGAUGCUGAUCCAACCGCCCUCAAGUACUUGGACGCCACCGACGACGCAUCUCUGUUGGCACUAUCGAAAGAGGUCCUUCCGUUACUCACGGGGCAACACUUAACGCUGUCUCAGCUGCUUUCUGAUUCGGAGGGUGGCGACGUCCAUGUCUCUGAGAAAGUCAAGGGCCUGUGGCGCCAAAGGAAGAGCGAGGUUGAUGCGUACCUGGAGAUCUUCAGUCACGCUGACAAGCCGGGUAGUGGGCUAGACCUCGAGCUGAAGCAAAAGCGGGAUGAAUAUUUCGCUAGGGCAAAGCUUGCAUGGGAGCUCAAGCUCAAGGAGUCGAUGAGCAUGUUAAGCAAGGAGAUGAUUGGACCGUAUGUACUAGGGGAUCAACUAUCAGUUGCCGACCUCCAUCUGAUGGCUUGGUUGGCCCGGAUGAUCAAACUCGCAGGUGGAUCCUUUAGCGACGACGGUAAUACUGCCAUAGCAAAGCUGGAGAAUCGCGUUGGAAACGGCUUCAAAUUGCCGCAAGAUUAUCACCUUUCGGAGCUACAGCGGCAAGAGGGCGCGAGCGCUGCCACACAAAGUAAGCUGGCUGCAUUCUGGGAUGCUGUGGGCGAGCGGGCGAGCUGGAAGAAGGUGUAUGGCAAUGGCUUGUACUAG